UUCUCGAAUAAGAUUUUUUUUCUCAAAACAAUAAGUUCAGAUCACUGAAUAGUUAGUUUCUUGUUCACAUCAGAUUUGAGUUUCUUAUUGAUUUAAGCAAAUUGCAUGUGUUUUGGCACAUGUGUGCAAAAGAGUACAAUAGUCUACAAUAUGCACAAUAACUAAAUGCACAUGGCUUGUUGAUCAAAACUGAUGAGCUGAUUCUCAGUGAACUUGUCAAACUCUUCACAACUUCUAAACAUUCUUUCAUCGUGUGAGGCAUCACAAGCAAAAUGAUCCAUUCAGUUAUCAAAAUCUGUCAGACAUUCAAUAAAUUCAUGACAUGGAAUGUUUGUAAUGUCUGCUAUAUUGGCAAAUGGCCUGCCAUUGUAAUGAAAUAGGAAUCACAAUCUUACCAAUCAACCAAUCAGGUUUGGAAGCAGGCUGGAGUUUGCACAAUCACUGCCAUUUGUGAACAUUUGUGGACGUCUAAAUCCAUAAACAGCAACAGCAGUUUAUUUUUGUAGAAAUGUAUUAAACAUAUUAAACUGAAAAUACACAGAUGCUUGUUGUGGAAGAGCAAGAUAUGUAAGAAUGUGUGGUGUUAGGGGAAGACAUAAUAGGAUAUGUAAAAAUGAACAAGCAACUGUGAAUAUUCUAUAUUCUACAAAUAUAGUGUAGAAAACAGACACAAUAAGUAGGUUUUGAAGCAUGAAUGAAAAGUUUUGGGUGAGUAACUACAUUUUGCAGACAUGUGAUAGAGACUUACAGUUUAGAGACUGUUAAGACUGAUUCGAAAAAUGUUCCAAAGAGAUUGAGAAAAACUGUAAAACAUUUAAAAGCGAGCAAAUGGGUAACUGGACAUUUAGCUCAAAACAUUAUGGCUGGCUGGCUGGCUGGCACGAUAGAACGAUAGAUAGAUAGAUAGAUAGAUAGAUAGAUAGAUAGAUUAUAUUGGCAAAAGUAUUGGGACUCCCCUCCAAAUCAUUGAAUUCAGGUGUCCCAAUCACUUCCAUGGCCACAGGUGUAUAAAAUCAAGCACCUAGGCAUGCAGACUGCUUCUACAAGUGGUAGGCCACGUAAAAUCACAGAGCGGAGUCAGCGCAUGCUGAGGCGCACAGUGCGCAGAAGUCGCCAACUUUCUGCAGAGUCAAUAGCUACAGACCUCCAAACUUCAUGUGGCCUUCAGAUUAGCUUAAGAACAGUGUGUAGAGAGCUUCAUGGAAUGGGUUUCCAUGGCUGAGCAGCUGCAUCCAAGCCUUACAUCACCAAGUGCAAUGCAAAGCGUCGGAUGCAGUGGUGUAAAGCAUGCCGUCACUGGACUCUAGAGCAGUGGAGACGUGUUCUCUGGAGUGACAAAUCUCGCUUCUCUGUCUGGCAAUCCGAUGAACGAGUCUGGGUUUGGCGGUUGCCAGGAGAACGGUACUUGCCUGACUUCAUUGUGUAAAAUGUAAAGUUUGGUGGAGGGGGGAUUAUGGUGUGGGGUUGGGCUUGGCCCCUUAGUUCCAGUGAAAGGAACUCUUAAUAAGUCCAAGACAUACCAAGACAUUUUGGACAAUUUCAUGCUCCCAACUUUGUGGGAACAGUUUGAGGAUGGCGCCUUCCUGUUCCAACAUGACUGCGCACCAAGUGCACAAAGCAAGAUCCAUAAAGACAUGGAUGAGCGAGUUUGGUGUGGAGGAACUUGACUGGCCUGCACAGAGUCCUGACCCAAAACUUUUGGCAAUAUAGUGUAGAUAGAUAGAUAGAUAGAUAGAUAGAUAGAUAGGCGGACGGACGGACGGACGGAUGGACAGACAGACAGACAGAUAGAUAGAUAGAUAGAUAGAUAGAUAGAUAGAUAGAUAGAUGAAAUGUCAGAGGGAAUUCUGGGAAUGUCAAUUUAGGGCUAACACAAUAAAUUAGUAAAAAAAUUUUCUUCCAAAAAAUGUAUAUUUAACAGUAUUUUACUUAUUUUUUUGCUUAAACUUACUAAUAACCAAUUUACAGUUUUUUCCUGUAGCAUUUUUACAGUUUUUUUUUUUUUUUUUUUUUUUUUACAGUUACAAACAAUUUACAGUUUUACAGCGUACGGUCAGAGAGCCCGUGUUUCCAUGUGGAGGUGGAGCUGCUUUCUAUCUUAUUUAUCUCCAACUCAGUGAACGAACUCAGUUAUGUCGUACCCUACUGAACCGACCCCUUCUGUCUCUCUCUCUCUCUGUGGCACUGCAUAUAGCAUCAAACUCAAUUUUUUUUCCAGAAGCGAGAGUGCAUCGUUCCCUUUUAUACGCACUAUUCAGAGGGAACGCGAUGUCAAUUUGCAGAAAGAAGAUACCGAGAGCUUUUGAAAAAGAGCUUCAGCGGGAAACAGAGAAACUGGUGAGGUGAGGAGCCACCUGAAUAUGAUAUAUUUGAUUUGGGUCCAGAGAAAGCCCCAUGGAGAGCGAUGGUGCUGAAAGGGACAGCUCCGGCGUGGGUGUCCGCGCGCUGACGGGCUGCGCUCUCUGCGCGCUCAUUCUCUCCACACUGCUGGGGAACACGCUCGUGUGCGCCGCCGUCAUUAAAUUCAGACACCUCAGAUCCAAAGUCACUAAUUUUUUCGUCAUAUCCCUGGCGGUUUCGGAUCUCUUCGUGGCUGUUCUGGUCAUGCCGUGGAAGGCUGUCUCUGAGGUGGCCGGCUGCUGGCUCUUCGGGAGCUUCUGCGACACUUGGAUAGCUUUUGAUAUCAUGUGCUCAACGGCGUCUAUACUCAACUUGUGCAUCAUCAGUUUGGACAGAUACUGGGCCAUCUCGAGCCCCUUCCGUUAUGAGCGUAAAAUGACCCAAAGGGUGGCGUUUGUAAUGAUCGGGAUGGCGUGGACACUUUCUGUCCUGAUCUCUUUCAUCCCUGUCAGAAUGAACUGGCACAGGGCUGUGGAUCAUAACGCGCCUUUAAACCUCACCGUUUAUUCGGAGGACUGCACUGCGACUUUAAACCGGACGUAUGCUAUAGCAUCUUCACUCAUAAGCUUCUACAUCCCUGUUAUCAUCAUGAUAGGAACAUAUACACGGAUCUAUCGGAUCGCACAAACGCAGAUCCGAAGGAUCUCCAGUUUGGAAAGGGCAGCCGGACACAUGCAGAACAACCACGACUGCGCGAGCGAACAGUCGCUGAAAAGCACGUUUAAGAAAGAAACUAAGGUGUUAAAAACACUUUCCAUCAUCGUGGGGGUGUUUGUGUUCUGCUGGCUGCCCUUUUUCGUCCUCAACUGCAUCGUGCCAUUCUGUGACCUGGACACUCUCGGAGACUCUCUGUGCGUGAGCAGCACCACUUUCAACAUCUUCGUGUGGUUCGGAUGGGCCAAUUCAUCGCUCAACCCGGUCAUCUACGCGUUCAACGCGGAUUUCCGCAGCUUUAGCACUAUUCUGGGUUGCAACCGACUCUGCGCGUCUUCUGCGGUGGAGACGGUGAACUUCACCAACGAGCUGGUGUCCUACCAUCACGACACCACUCUGCUCCACAAGGACGCGCAGGGUGUUUCCAGCCCUCAGCGCCUGGUUCUGGUCCCCGGUCACAUGGACUUACCUUUCGACAAGGUCUCGAUCGCGUCCGAUUCGUCUCGUAUCCAAAGGAACGUGCUGCUGCCUGCGCUAGAGCAGCAGGAGGGAGAGAUGGAGAUUUCCCUGGACAUGAUGCCCUUCACCUCCACACUCACUGCACUGAGCGACUGCUGUGGGAUUCCGGGUCAAAUCGAGGAGUGUUGAGUCUGACCUCAUUUCACACGAACCUAUUUAUAGCAUCAUAAAAAAUAUAACCUCAUUUUAUUUUUUUCGUGCACUCAUGAAAAUACUUAGGGCUAAAUAAGAGAUAUAUGCAUAUGGAUUGCAUAUAAAAUUCCGAUCAUUUUAGAUGAGAACAAACUAAUACACUUAAUGUAAUGCAUAUUUGUCAAUCAUACAUAAAUGAAACAGUUUAUUAGCUAUUUGCAUCUAAUUGAUUUUAUUUGAAUAAUCGUGUUUUCAAAAUGCAUGUAUUCAAACAUAAACAGAAGUAUCAGAAUAAAUAUGUUUAUUGUGAAACCAUUUUUUUUUUUUUUUUCCAGUUAAAAAGUAUGAACGUUUCAAAUAUGGCUGUAGCUGUGUGUGGAAUAAGCACUAUUUAAUUAGUUUAAUGUCCCCCUGAAAUCAAAAUUUAAGUUUUUUAGCUUUUAGUAUGAAUAUGUUAGACUUAAUGUUAUGAAUAAGCUGGUGUGUUCCAAAACAAUGAAAAAAUUUGCAUUUUGGAGAUAUAAGCAUUCAAAACUUACAGUCUCUCACUUCCACUAAAAUGGAGCAUGGAUUUUCAUGACAUCACCACACACUUCAGAUUCUCAUCAGAUCUUCUGUCCAAUCAAAUGCUCUCUAGAAUCUAAAGUGUCCCGCCCCCUACAUUAUAAAUAGAUGCUGUAGCUGCGGCUGAAAUCAGUCAUUUGUUCACACAUUUACUAUUUUCUACAUGGUGAGUGGCACAUAGUGCACUGUAUAGGGGAUAGGGAACAAUUAAGACAGUGUAAAUAUGCUUUCCAUUGAGGCGAAUGAAGUCUGGUUUCACGUUAGUGUCACGCGAACCGCAGCGCGAGCAGUCUGUUCCGAUCCAGAGACAUGAAAGCGCAGAGUGGAUUAUAUCCGUGAGUCGGCACAGACUACAAAACAUUUUGGACACAUUUGAAUUCUGCACAGAAUACUAUAUUUUAAAGCGAUAUGGAGGAGAUUAUGAGGAGAAACAGUUAGAGAUUAGAAGGAACUGAAGUUUUACGAGCUCAUUGGCUCUGGCUGAGCUGUGAUAUGAACGAAACGCUACUGGCUAUUUUAAAAAGGGGGAGGAGCUGUUCCAUAUGUCCUGCCCUGUCUUCCUGUUUCAGUUGAAAUUUCCCGCCGGAACACGCUCCCUCAGCCGGACUAAGUGGCAAAAGAGCCUGCUACAUGACUGGAUUUAAUAGGGGAAACUGCAAGUAAAACAAACGAUUAUUAGUUUAAACUAAAGGUUGGACGCAGUAUAGUCAAAGUCCCUUUAAGACAAGUCAUUUCACUCGGCGGCCAUCUUUGAAACGCCUCUCGGGCAUCCUGGGCAUCAUGCAGCUCUUUGAAUGGGGAAACAUCAAAUUCUCCAAAGCUGUUUGCCAAGCUUUCGAUUAAAUUUCAUAUUUGAAAUCACCAAUUAAAUCUGACAACAACUGUCUCAUAAAUUUUUUUUUUCCAAACGCUCAAAUCAUGACAAAAAAAACAGUAUUUAGGCUGGAUCAAUGCGCGUCUCUUGUGCCUCAUUUCUGAGGCGCGCGUCUGACUGUUUCUAUAGAAACCGGUGCUUCUAACGGCCGCUGCAGUGACGCGAUGACUUUACAGGUCGGCGAUUGGCUCUUAUUUUGAAGGCGGGACUUAUUCCGCCAUAUUGAGCGUUACACUUUCUCCCAUUCAAAACAAUACGAGUGACAUGUCUUGUGUUAUUCUAUAGUCUUUGGAAUAGUGUUCCUUAAAACUUGGAAUAUUGACAUGCAGCCAGGAAUCGUGUUUCCUGACAAUUACAUAUGUGCCUGAUUUCAACGCCAGGGAAAUACAUAAAGCAAAUUUGCCUGUGAACGCUUUAUAUAAAUACACUAUAGGUAGGUCUAAAUCCGGGUUAUCACUUAUAUCAAUGUUAUAUAUAUCGUCCAGCCCUAGUUUUUGUCAGCAUUUAUUUAAAAACAUCCAAUUAUGCAAAAUAUUAAGAUGGUAAAUAUUUAAUUUAUGAGUUGUAAAUACAAUAUAUAACAAUACAAUAUACAGAGUAUGAUUUUACCUCAAAAUUCAACAUAUUGACACAAAAUGAUAACUGCAAAUCCAGGUUUCGCGAGUCCAGUUGUUUCUGUGAAUUGCAGCGAUCCAUUUGCUUCUCUUUUCUGUAGCUUUCGGCAUUCUGUAAAAAUGUACCUCAGAUUUCUUGUCAAAUCAAUUUGUACAGUCAAUCGCAAAGCUCUUUCCCAUUUUUAAUAUGUUUUGUGUGUUUUCAAUCAAUCAAUGGGUGUAACCGCAGUCACAACGGCCAGCGGUGACGUCGCGUGCAUACCCUCUAUAAUGCUGCGCGUUAAAGGCACUUCAGUGGGCCUUUAAAUGUAUGAAAUUGUAUAACUAUAACCAUAUGGUUACUAAACAGUUUAUUAACACUAUAUUGCUGAAAUUUUACCCGUUUUAUAUGUAUGACUGACAAAUAUGCACCACAUUACUUAUUAGUUUAUGUUAAAACUGUGUAAUCCGAAUGGAUGGGUAUUUUAUAUGCAAUUCAAAUAUAUAUUUUAAAUUUAGGCCUAAAUAUUUUGUUUGAGCCCUCAUCAAUUUCAGCACUCCUAAAUCUGUCAAAAAAGGGUGAAAUUUCCUUUAGAGUAAAACACUUUAUUUUAUUAAAGUAAUAUCAUUAAUCUCAUUUCAAAGCUCAAAGAAAUUGAAAGCUGGGGUCAAAAAGGGUGAGAAAUGCAAAAUGAUAAUUUUAUAAGAAAUAAUAUUAUCAACAGUUUGAAUGAAGAGUUGAAUGAAAAAAAAAGAAGAAUGUGAGAAUCAACAUGAUUUUUCAAAAUCCACAUUCUGAAAUCGGUUUAGAUCACAAAAUCUAAUCUUGGUUUUGAUCUCGAUCAAAUCGUCAAUUUGUGUUGUUUAAACAUUUUUUAGUAAGAUUGGGAUUCCUUUGAUAAAAAAAUUCAGGAUUAUCCUGAUCCCAACAGAAGGGUGGAUUUCAGGAACAAAAAUUUAAUAAAACUGGCCAAAACAUACAACAUUUGUAUCAUGUAAUAUACACACAUUUAUAUUUUUAUUUUGCUCUUGAUUAGUUUAACUGUUAAAGUAAUAAAGUAGAAAUAGACAUUAGGCUACCUAGAGUAAAGUGAAAAAAAAAAAAAAAAGAGAUUUCGGCACAAUAACAUAAUCCCCCAAUUUCAAACAAAAAUAAUAUAUUUACGUUUAAGUGUUUUUUUUUUAAAUCACUUAAAAACUACUGGUACAAUCAUCAGAGAUGAACCAGUCAAAAAUCGUUUCUAACAGUAGCAUCCCUUUUUGCAAAUAUUUGUUUGUUUUUGUUGUGGAUCACAUGAGGGGCUACGGAAACUCUAAAGAGACAUGGUGAUGGGGGAAAAAAUAUGAGAUGGGAGGAAAAUGAAUUUUAAUGCUUUUGCGUUCUCUCGUCAAGGUUUUGUUUUCUCCCAAGGAACUUUGCAUUCACUCUCAAAACUCAAGUUAUUUGCAAAUGAACGCAAUGUUUCUUGGGGGAACACAAAACUUUUGCGAGAGAACGCAAAAGCAUUCAAAUAUAUAAUUUUUCUCCGAUUUAAAUAUUUUUUCCCUCACCAUGUCCCUUUAGUGCUUCCGUAGGGGUCCGAUUGCUUAAAGGAAAC